CAGUAUUUCCCUUUACACUUCUAAGUAUCGUGUUGUGCACCCUGAGUUCACGCUGGUGCCCUGGGAUGCCUUGCCUGCCCCACUUCUGUCCUGAGAGGUUUGUGGUGGGUGGGCUGGCUGGUAAAGGACUCGCCCUAGCUGCCCCUAGACUCACAUCUGCAUGUGUCUGCCUCAGCUUAACCUGGUCUGUGGCCGGAAGCAUCCGAAGGAGACCUCCCAGUCGGUGUACCUGGCUAGGCUUCUCAUUGGGGCGCUCACCUUCGGGCCCCUCUGUGACUGGAUUGGCCGCAAGGCCACUAUCCUGGUGUAGCUGCUACUCUUCGCCAUCCUUGGCAUGGCCGCAGCCUUUGUGCCCGGCUUUGAGCUCUACACGGCCCUGCGCUUUGCUGCGGCCACGGCCGUCGUUGGAUAUAACUUCAGCAGCGUCACCCUACUUGCACAGUGGGUGGGGCCCUGGCGGAGAACUCGGGCUGCGGUCCUGGCCCAGUGCACCUUCUCCGUGGGGCAGAUGGCCCUCGCAGGACUCACCCAUGGCGUCCAGAGCUGGAGGCUCUUCCAGACGGCUGGCGCUGCACGUCUUCCGCUCUUCCUUUACUUCUGGGCUCUGCCGGAAACUGCACGGUGGCUCCCGACCCGGGGGAGGGUAGAGGGGGCUAAACAACCGAUCCAGAGGGUGGCCUCGGUCAACAAGCGAAAACUCUCCCCCGAGCUCCUGAGCCAGAUGGUCCCAGAGAAGACCGGCCCCACGGGGAAUGCCCUGGAUCUGUUCCGACACCCCCAGCUCCGGAAGGUGACCCUGAUUCUCUUCUAUGUCUGGUUCAUGGACAGCCUGGAAUACUUCGGCCUGGGCCUCAAGGUGGGGGACUUUGGCCUGGAUAUCUACCUACAAUUAAUCUUCAGAGAAGUUGAGGUACUCACCCGCUACUCCAGCAUCUUCUUGAUGGAGCGGUUGGGCCUCAAGUGGAGCCAGCUGGGGACUCUGGUUCUGGGUGGCGUCAUGUGUUAUCACCAUCAUCUUUGUCCCGGCAGUCUGCCCGUGGUGGGCACUGUGAUGGCCCUGCUGGGGAAGGUUGCCACGGCGGCCGGAUUUACCAUCUCCUACGUGUACUCUGCUGAGCUCUUCCCCACUGUCAUCAGGUAAGGACUGCAGACGGGCAUGGGGCUGCUGGGCAUCCUCAAGCCACUCGUGAUCCUGCUGGGUGAGUACCACACGGCCCUCCCUAUGCUCAUCUACAGCAGCCUCCCCAUCGGGGCUGGCUUACUCUGUGCCCUGCUGCCAGAGACACGUGGCCAGACCCUGAAGGACACCAUCGACGACCUGGAGCAGGAGUCCUGCCCACAGUGAGGUGCUUGGUCUCUCUGAAACCCAGGACCUCUUAUCAGUGACCCCAUCCCAGAAGGCAUCUACUUCACCAUUUGUCCAUUGUUGCAUAGAGGCCCAUAUGGCAUCUUCACGAUUCCCCUACUUUGGGGAGGGGAUGGCGAGCAGCUGUAAUACGGGAUCAAUUCCUAAGCAGCCAAUGACAGCCUUCUGCUUCCUCCAGCUCUCUGAACGCAGUGCCCUCAGAAAAGGAUUCCGAGGCCUCAGGAAGUACUUCUGGCCCGGGGUGGCCUUUAGAGCAGCACGUACCUCUGAGUGUGUCUCCGAAGCCAGACCAGCAGCAGCAGAGAGCUGCCUGAACACUCCCCUGGGAACAGCUGGACCUGUGAGCAUGACCACCUUGCUGACGGAGGCAGCACCCCAGGAGCUGGCCCCAGAGCCAGCCAGCCAGCCACUGCCCAGCCCAAUCCCAGAAGCAUCCGAGACAGGCCUCCCUCCUUUCAAAACCUUUCUCAUCCCCAGAGCCCCACGCCCAAUACCCUGUUCUGAGUUAGAGUCUUGGGCGUGUCUUGGGCUUAACUUGUUCUCUGACAGUCUUGUGGGGAUAUGGCUCCUCAGAUCCCCUCCAUCUGAGGUCCCCCUGCCCUGAAAACACAGUCAAGGCAAAAAUAGAACAGCUGGGUAGGGCCUCUCCAAGUAGGUGAGAGUAGGAAGAGAAAAACACUUAAAGUUCUGGACUCACCCAGGCAGGUGAAGGAAAGCUGUGGAUGAAGGGAAGGUUGUGCUUCCUCCAACGGCUGGGCUAGGCCCGUGGAUAAGGUGGGACCCACAGGGCACUUGAUCCAGCUGAGAGGGGACUGAUUCAGUCAGAAUCGAAGCUUCAGUCUUACCUUCUCUUCAAAGAUUCUCCUUCCCCUGUCCUGCACUCAGGGACCGGUGGCGGGGAGAGGGAGGAUGUUGGUCCAGUUCCUCUCCGGGCCACUCUUCCCUUUCAUGCUCUGCUUCUCUGGCUCCUUCAGGACCCAUGCAGGGUGAGGGAAAGGGGCAGAAGUCUUCUUACCUGGUGGCCACUGGUGGUAGUUCUUCCGGGCUUGCAGUGGUUAAUCAUCAUUCAGUGGCCCUGGCAGGCUCCUAAAAGUAGGUUUCCCACAAGAAUAUUCGGGGGUU